GUGGCUCCUCCCCUGGUCCCGCCGCCGGGGCUCUGGGCGCAGGGCCGAAGCCGCGGGUGCCGCAGCCCUUUCCGGGGGGCGGGCCUGGCGGCGGCGGCUACAGCGGCUCCUGCCCCGACAGGUGCGCGCGGAGCGCAGGAAUGCGGCCCGCCUGACUCACCAGCGCCUCCUUCCCACCUGCGCCGCCCGCUCCAUAAAGCGCGCCCCUCUCUCCCCGCCCGCCGCUGCCCUCCGGACCGUCUCGGCCCCAGGCGCCCCAGCCGGACCGCCGAGCCCAGCCCAGACGCGGAGGGCGCAAGUUGGCGCCGAGCAGGAGGAAGAGGAUGGCAGGGCCACAUUCCUACCCAUGGGCCAGGCUACUGCUGGCAGCUCUGCUGAGUGUCAACCUUCCUGGGGACACAGCCAACCUCUGCAAGAAGGCUCAGGUGAAGAGCUGCACGGAGUGCAUCCGCGUGCACCGGGACUGUGCCUACUGCACGGACGAGAUGUUCAAGGAGCGGCGCUGCAACACUCAGGUGGAGCUGUUGGCCGCGGGCUGCCGGCAGGAGAACAUAGUGGUCAUGGAGAGCAGCUUGGAGAUCACAGAGGAGACCCGGAUAGAUACCACCCUCCGCCGCAGCCAGGUGUCCCCCCAGCGCCUACGGGCCCGCCUGCGACCGGGCGAGGAGCGGCACUUUGCGCUCGAGGUGUUUGAGCCCCUGGAGAGCCCUGUGGACCUGUACAUCCUCAUGGACUUCUCCAACUCCAUGUCCGACGACUUGGACAACCUCAAGAAGAUGGGGCAGGACCUGGCCCAGGUCCUGAGCCAGCUCACCAGUGACUACACUAUUGGAUUUGGCAAGUUUGUGGACAAAGUCAGCGUCCCUCAGACAGACAUGAGACCCGAGAAGUUGAAGGAGCCCUGGCCCAACAGUGACCCUCCGUUCUCCUUCAAGAACGUUAUCAGCCUGACGGAGGACGUAAACGAAUUCCGGAGCAAGCUGCAAGGAGAGCGGAUCUCAGGCAACCUGGAUGCUCCCGAAGGUGGCUUUGAUGCCAUCCUGCAGACGGCGGUGUGCACGAGGGCCAUCGGCUGGCGCCCCGACAGCACCCACCUGCUGGUGUUCUCCACUGAGUCGGCCUUUCACUAUGAGGCCGAUGGUGCCAACGUGCUCGCUGGCAUCAUGAGCCGCAACGAUGAGAAGUGCCACCUGGAUGCCACGGGCACCUACACCCAGUACAAGCUGCAGGACUACCCGUCGGUGCCCACGCUCGUGCGCCUGCUCGCCAAGCACAACAUCAUCCCCAUCUUCGCUGUUACCAACUACUCCUACAGCUACUACGAGAAGCUUCAUACAUACUUCCCGGUCUCCUCCCUGGGGGUGCUGCAACAGGACUCAUCUAACAUCGUGGACCUGCUAGAGGAAGCCUUCAAUCGCAUUCGCUCCAACCUGGACAUCCGGGCCCUAGACAGCCCACGGGGACUGCGGACAGAGGUCACUUCCAAGAUGUACCAGAAGACAAAGACGGGGUCCUUUCACAUCAGGCGGGGAGAAGUGGGCACCUAUGACGUGCAGCUGCGGGCUGUGGAGGACGUGGAUGGAACACACGUGUGCCAGCUGACGGACGAGGACCAGCGGGGAAGCAUCCACCUGAAGCCCUCCUUCUCCGAUGGCCUCUGGAUGGACGUGGGCAUCGUCUGUGACGUGUGCACUUGCGAGCUGCAAAAAGAGGUGCGGUCAGCUCGCUGCGACUACCAUGGAGACUUCAUGUGUGGACACUGUGUGUGCAGUGAGGGCUGGAGCGGCAAGACCUGCAACUGCUCCACGGGCUCACUGAGCGACACCGAGCCCUGCAUCCGAGAGGGUGAGGACAAGCCGUGCUCCGGCCGCGGGGAGUGCCAGUGCGGGCGUUGUGUGUGCUAUGGCGAAGGCCGCUAUGAGGGCCACUUCUGCGAGUUUGACAACUUCCAGUGCCCCCGCACCUCUGGGUUCCUCUGUAACGACCGGGGACGCUGCUCCAUGGGCCAGUGUGUAUGUGAGCCUGGUUGGACAGGCCCAAGCUGUGACUGUCCGCUCAGCAAUGCCACCUGCAUCGACAGCAAUGGGGGCAUCUGCAAUGGGCGUGGCCACUGCGAGUGUGGCCGCUGCCACUGCGACCAGCAGUCGCUCUACACGGACACCACCUGUGAGAUCAACUACUCCGCGAUCCGCCUGGGCCUCUGUGAGGACCUGCGCUCCUGCGUGCAGUGCCAGGCCUGGGGCACUGGGGAGAAGAAGGGGCGCACGUGCGAGGAGUGCAGCUUCAAGGUCAAGAUGGUGGACGAGCUCAAGAAAGCUGAGGAGGUGGUGGAGUACUGCUCCUUCCGGGACGAGGACGACGACUGCACCUACAGCUACACCGUGGAGGGCGACGGCAGCCCGGGGCCCAACAGCACCGUCCUGGUGCACAGGAAGAAGGACUGCCCUCCCGGCUCCUGGUGGCUCAUCUUCCUGCUCAUCCCCCUCCUGCUGCUGCUGGCACUGCUGCUGCUGCUCUGCUGGAAGUACUGUGCCUGCUGCAAGGCCUGCCUGGCACUUCUCCCUUGCUGCAACCGAGGUCACAUGGUCGGCUUUAAGGAAGACCACUACAUGCUGAGGGAGAACUUGAUGGCCUCAGACCACCUGGACACACCCAUGCUACGCAGUGGGAACCUCAAGGGGCGGGACACAGUCCGCUGGAAGAUCACCAACAACGUGCAGCGGCCUGGCUUUGCCACCCACGCUGCCAGCACCAACCCCACAGAGCUCGUGCCCUACGGGCUGUCCCUGCGCCUUGCCCGCCUCUGCACGGAGAACCUGAUGAGGCCUGGCACUCGGGAGUGUGACCAACUGCGCCAGGAGGUGGAGGAGAAUCUCAACGAGGUGUACAGACAGGUCACGGGUGCACACAAGCUCCAGCAGACCAAGUUCCGGCAGCAACCCAAUGCUGGGAAAAAGCAAGACCACACCAUUGUGGACACAGUGCUGAUGGCGCCCCGCUCGGCCAAGCAGACCCUCCUGAAGCUGACGGAGAAGCAGGUGGAGCAGGGGUCUUUCCAUGAGCUCAAGGUGGCCCCCGGCUACUACACCCUCACCGCAGAGCAGGAUGCCCGGGGCAUGGUGGAGUUCCAGGAGGGCGUGGAGCUGGUGGACGUGCGCGUGCCCCUCUUCAUGCGGCCCGAGGACGACGAUGAGAAGCAGCUGCUGGUGGAGGCCAUUGAUGUGCCCGUGGGCACCGCCACCCUCGGCCGCCGCCUGGUAAACAUCACCAUCAUCAAGGAGCAAGCCAGCGGCGUGGUGUCCUUUGAGCAACCCGAAUACUCAGUCAGCCGUGGGGAGCAGGUGGCCCGCAUUCCCGUCAUCCGGCGCAUCCUGGACAAUGGCAAGUCCCAGGUCUCUUACCGCACGCAGGACAACACAGCACAGGGCAACAGGGACUACAUUCCCGUGGAGGGCGAGCUGCUGUUCCACCCUGGAGAGACCUGGAAGGAGCUGCAGGUGAAGCUUCUGGAGCUGCAGGAAGUAGAUUCCCUCCUGCGGGGCCGCCAUAGCCGCCGCUUCCACAUCCAACUUAGCAACCCCAAGUUUGGGACUCGCCUGGGCCAGCCCCACUCAGCCACUGUCAUCAUUGGGGACCGAGAUGAACUGGACCGGAACCUCAUAAAUCAGACGGCAUCAUCACCACCACCACCUCCCCGUGGUGACCUGGGUGCCCCACAGAACCCCAAUGCCAAGGCUGCUGGGUCUCGGAAGAUCCAUUUCAACUGGCUGCCUCCUCCUGGCAAGCCAAUGGGUUACAGGGUGAAGUACUGGAUCCAGGGUGACUCUGAGUCCGAAGCCCACCUGCUUGACAGCAAGGUACCCUCGGUGGAGCUCACCAACCUCUACCCAUACUGUGACUACGAGAUGAAGGUGUGUGCCUAUGGGGCACAGGGCGAGGGUCCCUACAGCCCCCUGGUGUCCUGCCGCACCCACCAGGAAGUACCCAGUGAGCCUGGGCGUCUGGCCUUCAAUGUCGUCUCCUCCACGGUGACACAGCUGAGCUGGGCAGAGCCAGCUGAGACCAAUGGCGAGAUCACAGCCUACGAAGUCUGCUAUGGCCUGGUCAAUGAGGACAACCGACCCAUUGGGCCCAUGAAGAAGGUGCUGGUAGACAACCCCAAGAACCGGAUGCUACUCAUUGAGAACCUGCGAGAAUCCCAGCCAUACCGCUACACAGUGAAGGCGCGCAACGGGGCAGGCUGGGGGCCUGAGCGGGAGGCCAUCAUCAACCUGGCCACCCAGCCCAAGCGGCCCAUGUCCAUCCCCAUCAUCCCAGACAUCCCCAUCGUGGACGCCCAGGGUGGGGAAGACUAUGAAAGCUUCCUCAUGUACAGUGACGACGUUCUGCGCUCCCCGGCAGGCAGUCAGAGGCCCAGCGUCUCUGAUGACACUGGCAGCGGCUGGAAGUUCGAGCCCCUGCUGGGGGAGGAGCUGGACCUGCGGCACGUCACGUGGCGGCUGCCCCCGGAGCUUAUCCCGCGCCUGUCCGCCAGCAGCGGGCGCUCCUCCGACGACAGCGGCGCAGGGAGUGCAGCCGGGGAGGGCAGCAGCCGGGCCCGCAGCGCAACGCCCCGGCCCCCCGGAGAGCACCUGGUGAAUGGUCGAAUGGACUUUGCCUUCCCAGGCAGUGCCAACUCCCUACACAGGAUGACGGCGGCCAACGCCACCUAUGGCACCCACCUUAGCCCACACCUGCACCACCGUGUGCUGAGCACCUCCUCCACCCUCACUCGGGACUACCACUCGCUGACCCGCACACAGCACUCACAGUCAGCCACGCUGCCCAGGGACUAUUCCACCCUCACCUCCCUCUCCUCCCAGGGCCUCCCUCCCAUCUGGGAAGACGGGAGGAGCAGGCUUCCGCUGUCCUGGGCCCUGGGGUCCUGGAGUCGGGCUCAGAUGAAGGGGCUCCCUCCCUCCAGGGGCUCACGAGAUUCUAUAAUCCUGGCUGGGCAGCCAGCAGCACCCUUCUGGGGCCCAGGUAAUUCUCGAGCUGCAACAGGUGUGCCCGAUACGCCCACCCGCCUGGUGUUCUCAGCCCUGGGGCCCACAUCUCUGAAAGUGAGCUGGCAAGAGCCACAGUGUGAGCGCCUGCUGUUGGGCUACAGCGUGGAGUACCAGCUGCUGAAUGGCGGGGAACUCCACAGGCUCAACAUCCCCAACCCUGGCCAAACUUCUGUGGUGGUGGAAGACCUCCUGCCCAACCACUCCUAUGUGUUCCGUGUGCGGGCUCAGAGCCAGGAGGGCUGGGGCCGAGAACGUGAGGGUGUCAUCACCAUUGAAUCGCAGGUGCAUCCACAGAGCCCACUCUGCCCCCUGCCAGGAUCUGCCUUCACUCUGAGCACCCCCAGUGCCCCAGGCCCAUUGGUUUUCACUGCCCUGAGCCCCGACUCACUGCAGCUGAGCUGGGAGAGGCCACGGAGGCCCAAUGGUGACAUCCUCGGCUACCUGGUGACCUGUGAGAUGGCCCAAGGAGGAGGGCCAGCCACCACAUUCCGGGUGGAUGGAGACAACCCUGAGAGCCGCCUGACCGUGCCUGGCCUCAGUGAGAACGUGCCCUACAAGUUCAAGGUGCAGGCCAGGACUACUGAGGGCUUCGGGCCAGAGCGUGAGGGCAUCAUCACCAUCGAGUCCCAGGAUGGAGGUCCCUUCCCACAGCUGGGCACCCAUUCUGGGCUCUUCCAGCACCCACUGCAAGGCGAGUACAGCAGCAUCACCACCACCCACACCAGCACCACUGAGCCCCUCCUAAUGGAUGGGCUGACCCUGGGGUCCCAGCACCUAGAGACAAGUGGCUCCCUCACCCGACACGUGACCCAGGAGUUUGUGAGCCGGACACUGACCACAAGUGGGACCCUCAGCACCCAGAUGGACCAACAGUUUUUCCAAACAUGACUCCCCAACCUCACUAGUGUCCUGGAACCUGGGCCCCCUACCCGCCUUCUCUCUACAGCGCUUCCUAAGCUACUUCAUCCUUGGACCCUACCCCUGGGGCCCAGCCCACCGGCAUGCUGACCACAAAGCCAGCACUGCUUGCCACACAGCAGGGAGCAGGUUUCCUCUAGGAAGCAUGAAGGGGGCAGAGGUCCCAGAAGGCUCUUUGGCUGCCCCUGCCCCACCUUAGCCCAAACCUGUUUGUAACCAAAGAGCUGGGACCAGUUCAAGGACCCAGCCUUUGUUCUGCACUAAAUAAAAAGAUUUUGC